GUGCUGUGACCCGUGUUUACUGUCUGUCUAGUCAGUCUAGUCAAAAAUAGACCCAACAGCCCGCUGUAAAAACUAUACUCCCCGCCGCUGCCUAAAUUCAAACGGUCGGUCGCUACAGGGAUUAGUCGAUAUCUUUUAAACAUGCAUUCGGCCACAGCAGACAGCUUUCGACAUUUUUGCAUGGAGAACGAUUUUCCACAACGGAGGCAACAACAAGUGAGCUAGCUAGCUGGUGUCGUCGCUAACGUUACCUUGGUGCUCGUUCGUCGUUCUCUCCUGUUAGUUACUGGACUGUCAGUUACAGAACAGCAGGCUGUCAGACAGGUGGACUCGGCAAACCGCGACCGUUAAAAACGGAGUCCCUCGACGGUUAGCAAGCAAAGUGUCAGUUUUCCGUGGUGUAAAAUACGCCGGUCUCGUUUGAAUAAGCUAAAACUACAUGGCAAUGGCCAGGAGUUUCCUAAACACGGAUGAUGCAUCUCCAGCGGCUCUGACAGACCUGUGUCUGACUUAUGUGAGCCAAAAUCUGGAGUGUUUCUGUGUGAAGCGCCCUGAUGGCUCCCUGUGCUUCCUAGAGGCUGUACUCUUCCCUCAGGAGUUAGCAGACCAGUUGCUGGCCAAGAUGGCCACUGAAGGUCCGUUGAAUGACAGCACAGUGGGUGUAUUUCGGAACUGCGAGUACCUGCGGCUGAGACGAGCCUGCAUCCGUACAGCACGGAUCUCUGCGGAGGCCUUCCAGAAAGCCCUCUGCCCUCACAGACUGCUGGAGCUGGAUGCUGCCAGGGUCAACGCAGACCUCACUAUUCCUGAUAUUCUACAGGGUCUGGCCACCAAUAAAUAUUGUCAGGAGUCCCUCCAGCGACUUGUCUUAACUGGUCUCACUAUGUCCUCUCUGGAAGAACCAAUCCGGUAUCGCUUCAGCUCCCUGCAGGGCCUCCGCUCCCUCUCUCUUGCCAAUGUAGACUUCUAUGACUCUGGGCUUGUCGACGUGUGUUCCCUGCCUCGGCUGGAGAGCCUCGAUCUCUCCAACACUUCAGUUACCAACCUGAGCCCCUUGCUGGGCCUGAAGGAGCGUCUGCGCUCACUAACACUACACCAGCUGAAAAGGCUGGAGAUGAGCACUGCUCAGCUGCUGGGAGUCAUUGGCCAAUUGGAUGUAUUGCAGCACCUGGACAUCAGCGAUGAUAAGCAGUUUACCUCUGACGUGGCUCGUCAACUUCUAGGACAGCCGGGGAUCCUGCCCGCUCUUGUGUCUCUGGAUGUGUCGGGGAGGAAACAGGUGACAGAUGCAGCUGUUAAGGCAUUUGUUGAGGAGAGACCAGGGAUGACCUUUAUGGGACUUCUGGCUACAGAUGCUGGAUUUUCUGACUUCCUCUCUGGAGAAGGAAAUCUAAAGGUAACAGGAGAAGCCAACGAGACCCAGAUCUGUGAGGCCCUGCGACGCUACAGUGAGAGGGAAGGUUUUGUGAGAGAGGCUCUGUUCCAUCUGUUCAGCCUGACCCAUGUCAUGGAGAAACCGAGGCCUGACAUCCUCAAGCUGGUAGUUUUGGGUAUGAAGAAUCACCCUGCCACUCUGAAUGUCCAGCUGGCAGCCAGCGCCUGUGUGUUCAACCUGACGAAGCAGGACCUGGCAGCAGGAAUGCCAGUGAGACUGUUGAGUACCGUUACUCAGCUUCUGCUGGAGGCCAUGAGGACGUUCCCCAACCACCAACAGCUGCAGAAGAACUGCCUGCUGUCUCUGUGCAGUGAUCGCAUUUUGCAGGAGGUUCCAUUCAACAGGUUUGAAGCUGCCAAACUAGUGAUGCAGUGGCUCUGCAACCAUGAAGACCAGAACAUGCAGAGGAUGGCAGUGGCUAUCAUUUCCAUACUGGCUGCUAAGUUGUCCACAGAGCAGACGGCUCAGCUGGGAGCAGAGCUGUUCAUAGUGAAGCAACUGCUCCACAUUGUGCGUCAGAAGGCUACUCAGGGCAUGGUGGACGCCACCCUCAAAUUUACACUGAGUGCACUCUGGAACCUCACUGAUGAAUCACCAACAACCUGCCGCCAUUUUAUUGAGAACCAGGGCCUGGACCUAUUUAUUAAAGUUCUAGAGUCCUUCCCCAAUGAGUCUUCUAUUCAGCAGAAGGUUCUCGGGCUGCUGAACAACAUAGCAGAGGUCGGGGAGCUGCAUGGAGAGCUGAUGGUGCAGGGGUUCCUGGACCACAUCAGGACUCUGCUGCACAGCCAAGAGGUGGAGGUCAGCUACUUCGCUGCAGGCAUCCUUGCCCAUCUGACGUCACGAGGAGAGGAAGCCUGGACACUCAGCCCUGAUCUUCGGUCCUCACUGCUGGAACAGCUGCAUGAUGUCAUAAUGAAGUGGCCCCCACCUGAGUGUGAAAUGGUGGCCUACAGGUCAUUUAACCCCUUCUUUCCUUUACUGGAGUGCUUUCACACCCCCGGUGUCCAGCUGUGGGCAGCCUGGGCCAUGCAACAUGUCUGCAGCAAGAACGCCGCUCGCUACUGCAGCAUGUUGUUAGAGGAGGGCGGCCUGCAGCAGCUGGAGCUCGUUCAUACACACCCACAGACCCACGCAGACGUCAAACUGAUGGCUAAGAGCAUUCUGGAGAGCCUGCAGAACCACAGAGCCCGCACUGGCCAGACUGCACCGACACAGACAAAUCGCCGCGUGCCGCCACAAUAACCACACAGAGAAAAUGAGACUCCCUGACCAAGAGGACAUAAACUGGGAUUUUGUAUGUGUGUGCGCAUGUAUAUAUGCGUAUCCCACACACAAACACACUUUAUCAAGAAUCCCUCGAAAAUUAAAACAUUAAAGGACAAAGACUACGCAAUUCUUUGCACACACACACACACACACACACACACACACACACACUAACUUUAUUUAUUUUCUUUGUAUUUGUUUCAAAACAAAAAGAUUUCUGUGUGUGCUAAUCUUGUGAUUAUAAAAAAAAAAAUCAUCAUGAGAAGUGUUGGUCAGUUAAGCUCAAGUCUCAACAUGAGGUUCGUGUCUGCGCUCGCUCUCUUUAGUCUGACAUUGGCAUCAUGAUGAUUUUCAUACCAAAAACAUGUGCACACAUACGACUUUCAGUUUGGGAUUGGACCCCCACAAGCUCGUCGAGGGUCGACACCAUCCGACUCCUGUACGUUACUGAGGGCUCUGGUUGUCCGAAUUGGCUGACUAGCUUCUUAUACACGCAUGACGCUGCUGUGAGCUCAAGCAUGCUGGAGUUUGUCUGAAUGCUUGUACUGUUCAUUUUAGGAAUGCCUGCUUGUUUGUUUAAAGCCGUGUUCUGUCCACUGAAACCCACGCCUCUGGGUCCACAAUACUGCUGUUGCUCUCCUCUUCAGUUAGUCUUCUAUCGGCAACUGCCUUUGAUUUGAUUUGACAGGACACUUGCCAAGGGUGUGUUCAGUGGGUUCAAAUGUUCCCAACAUAAAAGCUGAAAACCUAAAUUAUAGAGAAGUUUCCUUUUCUGUACAUUUGGCAGCCCUUAAAUCAGUGGCCAAACCCAGCAGUCGAAAUUAUCCUGCCAGUUAUGUCUGGUGGAGUGCAAAAAUGCUCUCUGGACACAAACGGCAAUAAUGAUAUGGUCAGUAUUAUCAUGAUGGAUGUACAUGUAUGGAUUCAGAGCUGUUUUCUCUUUGAGAAACUCAUAUAUAUAUAUAUAUAUACAUAUAUACAUAUAUAUAUAUAUAUAUUGGUAUGUUCGCUGUGCUUCCCAACGUGUCCUGAUGUCUUAAAGACAGAGACAGCAGUUGGGUGUGAGCAUGUGUGUGUAUGUACGUCUGUGCAAGUAGCUACAUCUUUAAGAGUGUAUGUAAGUUGUACAUAAUAGAAAAUGAGAGAGAAAUAGUAACCAUUCGUUCAGGACUGGUUGAAAAUUGGCUGCAUGGAAACUAUUAUACUGUAUGUUGCGUUGUUUUGUUUAUCUGAUGAAGAACAAAGGAGGGGUUUAUCCGGAGACUGGGGAUGUUACCGGAAGUAUUCAAGAGUAUUUUUCUGUUCUAAAACGACUGGCCGUGUGACAUCAGUAUCCUCCUGGAUGCCAUUUACCGGGUAUUCUUCUGCUGUCCAGAGAAGCCUCCAUUUGCUGUACGGACACCCACCUUCUCCCUUUUCAUCUGCGGUCUUGACUCUCAUUAAGGCCCCACCAUCAUUCUCUAUGCAAUCGUGACUAAUGUUGCUUCUACAAACUGCUGUCAAACCCGUGAUACAACCGUGCUGACUCUUAAAAAAACACUGAGGCUUCAGCAGGAACAAUGCCCGGUCGCAGGACUUGUAUAACUUGUAUGUCAGUGGAAGUGAAGUUAUAUAUAUUGGGCUACUAAAUGGUACUUUAAAACAGCUGACAGCAAAGCAUACAUCACCUCAUCUGCUCAGUGAAUUAUGGCCUUAUUGUUUUCUGCACAUUGCAUCAGUUGUUGUUGGAGCUUGCUAAUGCUAUGCAUGUGUCCUCGGCUGAUCUCAUCGGCUUGAACAAGGGCAAAGAGCAGCAGACGACACAGAAUACGUUUUUGUAUUUUUCUGUUGCUCCUCAUAAUUUUACAUUGUUUAGUUGAGCCUCUGAACAUGUCCCUGGAUGAAAGCCAGUUUAAUUUUUCAUGAGAGUUUAAAUCAGAUUGAAGAUGCAAAAAGUCCAGAUACUGUAUGUCUGCUAUGACUGUGCCAUGUUGCUGCUGAGAGUCACGUUUUCAAGUUUGGAAAUAAAGAAUGUACAUUCCCAUAAAACUGGA